UAGUGGUAUUAAGUAAGAAGGGAGUGGUAACAAAAAUUCGUCCUGAAUCGCAUCUGCAUUCUGCACUCUUUGGAACAAUGGCACCGAAAGAAGGGAAAGUCGCGGUAUGCGUGGGUACACACGAAAUUUGCAUCCAGCAACGGCCCAUUCCACAACCAAGUGGCACAAAGGUACUGGUGAAAAUCGAGGCUGCCGGUGUCUGUGCGACAGAUCUCCAUCUUGUUCGCAAAUCCAUUCCCUACCUCCAACCUACAGUUGAGGUGUGCGGGCAUGAAGGGAUUGGCCGGGUCAUCGGAUUAGGGCCUGAAGUCGACAGCUCAGAGUGGAAAGUGGGCGAUCGAGUGGCUCAUCGCUGGCUGUAUCAAACCUGCGGCGAGUGUGAGCUCUGUCUGGGAGGAAACGAGCAGUUCUGCGACAAAAGGAAGUUGAGUGGAAAAGAUGUUGAUGGAUGCUGGGCCGAAUAUACACUCGUAGAUAGCCGCAAUCUUCUGCGUAUACCGGAGGAUGUCCGCGCAUCAGAAGCAGCUCCAAUUUUGUGUGCAGGAACAACCGCAUAUCGUGCACUAAAGACUUCUCAGUUAGCUCAAGGGCAAUGGGUAGCUAUUGUUGGCGCUGGAGGUGGAUUAGGCCAUCUAGCUGUUCAGUAUGCUAAGGCACUAGGGCUGCGUGUUUUGGCUAUCGAUGCGGGCGAAAGCAAAGGAGAGUUGUGCAAGCAGCUGGGGGCUGAGGUCUUCCUGGACUUCACUCAGGUCAAGGAUAUGACUGCAGAAGUCGUUUCUAUUACCGGGGGCGGUGCACAUGGUAUCCUCGUGGUGAGCUCGAGCGUCAGAGCUUACGAACAAGCCGUGACGUAUGUCCGCAAACUGGGCAUUAUCGUGUGUAUCGGCAUCACUCCGACAAAAAUGCACUUUCCCCUGGGACCUGAGUAUUUUGUGGCUAAGGGGGUCCGCUUGACGGGAGGAAGCACCGGUACGAUCCAAGAUACUAAAGAAGCGCUGGAGUAUGUCCGUGAUGGGCGAGUCAAGCCCAUCAUUGUCGAAAAAACCCUGGAGCAGAUUCAGUCUUGUUUGGAAUCGUUAGAGAAGGGUGAUGUCAUGGGUCGUUUUGUAGCAGUCUUCUAGGCAGUUGAAAUCACCUCACUUGGUGAGUGGCGGCAUUCUGUUCCGCCUUGCUAUCGCAC